UCUGUAUUUCAGAAAGGCUAAGAAUAGCUGUCAAGAAAAUCACAACUUCUUUAACCACGGAAUAAAAAAGACAAUUGGGAUUUAAACAUCAUGGAAAUGUCUUCAGUUUAUUGUCAUAAUUCUGUAAACUUAUGAACAUACGGCAGCAUUUCUUUGUAACAUUGUUCAUUUAGAUUGCUGUGCCCUUUUUGCGCUCCUUUGAAACAGACAGGCCCGUGAGAGACAGUCUGCAACCCCCCCGUCUGCCUGCCUGCCUCUGGGCAUGUGCAGAGCACCUCCACACCUCACUGCCGCCUCCUUUUCAGAUGGAGCUGUCGAGGAGGCCAAUCCCUUCUCCUUCAAGGAGUUUGUGCGGAGCCAGAGCCAGCGUGGACCUGGGGCCAGCAGUAUGGCCAACCCCAAGGAGUCCAUCAGGUGCUCUGUAAUGCUGGGCGAUGAUUCCUUAUCCCCGAAAUCGUUAGGACUGAGCUUGGAAUGCCAGGAAUUAUUUUUCUCAGACCCAACAGCUACAAGCUCUUUGCUGGAAGACGAAGGGGAUGGAUGGAGUGGCUCGUACCGGCCAUCUGCUGUGGAAGAGGCUCACUUGGCCAGGGUUCCCAGCAGCACUUUUGACUCUUUUUCCUGUGACUCCUCUGAUCUCCUGACUACUUCACCAUGGCAGCUCAGAGAAAGUGACUGUUACCAACAGGACCCCCUUGGAAAAGGAGACCAGAGCUUAUCUCUUGAUGAAGAGACUGUAGAAGAUGGCUUUUAUCAGCCUUUGCAGCCAAGCUACGAAGAACUAAAACAAGACAGUUCAAAGUUGAAGAAUAAGAUCAGCUGCCUUCAAGCAGUUUGUGAAGCUCAGGCAAACAGGGUAAAAGAACUGGAAAGAAUGGUACAGGACCACAAACUAAAAGAAGCCAAGGAGGCCCGGGACUUGGAAGCUAUGGUGCAGCAGGUGGAAGAGAACCUACAGCUGAUGACUAAACGGGCAGUGAAGGCAGAGAAUAGUGUCAUAAAGUUGAAGCGGGAAAAUGCACAACUUCAGGGACAAAUGAAGAAUUGCCAGCUGGAAAAUGAAGCCUUGAAGUCCAGUCAUUCGGCAAAUCUGGCUGUAAUGAAAAAAAAUGCGGAUAUUGCCUUGCAGAAUCUUCUUGCUAUCGUAGCAAAGUCUCAUUCAUCUAUCAAGCAGCUGCUGUCUGGGGCAGAAGGACUGCAACUCGUAGCUGAUCUCCUCAAGUCUAUAGACAGAUUCUCUGAGAUACCAGAAGAUUCACCAUGAAAACCGCAAGGAAGAUUCUUGGAGAGACUUGAUUUACAUAUUGGAAAUGAGUAUUGAAAAAAUGCCUUGCCGUAGCAUUUAACACGCUAUAAUUUUUUAGAAUGCAGCCCUUACACCUUGAUCCAGGGCAAGUUUGCAACCCUGACCCUUUCUUAACUUACAAAUGCUACCUAGAGGUCCCCUUUCUCAUUUGGCUGGGGCUAGCUGGUCAUGCUGUCUGCAUCUUGUUUAAAAGGUGCAGUAAAAGAUUCGUUAUUUAUUGAGAGCUUUGUUCAAAGCUCUCAUUUGGCUCUCUGUCCUAGGAAGCAUUGAUGUGUGUCUAAAGUAUUCCUUUGCCGGAAAAAUUGAUUUCCCCCCAAGUUUUCUAAUAUGAACAAGGUAAGAUGAAAGAUGUAUAGUCACCUUUUGUGUAGUAAAGAAACAAAAACAUUAAAGACUUGACAAGUUUCCUGAA